CUAGUUGAAAAGCCCCACAACCCAUUAGAACCAUGGUUUGCAGAAAAUGCUGUCAAUUUGACUGUGGCGGAAGGUCGAGAUGCCAUCCUACCAUGCGUGGUGGAAAAUCUUGGAACAUAUAGGCUGGCCUGGAUACACAAGGAUCGUCACAUUCUGUUGACACUCCACGACAAAGUAAUCUCCCGAAAUCCACGAAUUUCAAUUCACCAUAAUAACUUCAGGUCCUGGUGGCUAAAGAUAAGUGAUGUCAAACAGGAAGACAGUGGACAAUACAUGUGUCAGCUAAAUACGGCUCCUAUGAUAAGUCAAACAAGACAUUUGGAAGUUGUUGUGCCUCCGUCCAUAAACGAGGACCAGACAAGUUCCGAUCAAAAUGUUCGAGAGGGCGCAGAUGUGAAUCUCCGGUGUAACGCAUCUGGUUCUCCUAAGCCAACGAUUAAAUGGAGAAGGGAAGACGACAAGGACAUUAUUUUAGGAUCGAAAAGAGUGCCUAGUAUUGAAGGCGAGUUUCUGAAGCUGAAGAGAACUAGUCGUCUCAGCAUGGGAGCCUAUUUAUGCAUCGCCUCCAAUGGUGUUCUACCUUCAGUCAGCAAGAGGAUCAUGCUGAACGUACUUUUUGCUCCCAUGAUUUUGAUUCCCAGUCAGCUGAUUGGCGCUAGCACAAGAGAGGACGUGACAUUAGUGUGCAACUUAGAGUCCUAUCCAAGAUCUGUCACUUAUUGGGUCAUUGCGAGAGAUAUCGUCAUAAUCACGAAUAACAAAUACAAAGUAAUGUACGAACCAUCGGACUUGCCAGCAUCGUACAAAACGAAGAUGAAGCUGCUCAUAAGAGAUCUGCGUCCGCAAGAUUUUGGAUCCUACACAUGCGUGGCGAAGAAUUCUUUAGGAGAAACCGAAGGAACGAUAAAGCUCUAUGAAAAACCUAGGCAAGGGAUAACAGAUUCGACCGAUUAUCAUUAUACAGAAACAAAACUAAAACAGGAUGAAAUUACAAGCGAAGAAAUACGGCCAGUGGCAGACAACAUUAAACUUGAGAGAAAAGAACCCAGGCAAGAAACAGAGCGACAGCAAAUGAAAGCAAAUAUUCAACAUACAGCUAUUACAAAAAUAGAUGAACUGUCUCCUUCAACUUCCGCUACCUUCGAGAAAUCGUUAUUCAUCAUUGCAGCAUAUUCUGCAUAUCUUCUGCAUCAUCAUUUCGUGCAAUACGUGUAACGGGAAUUGGUUUUCGUCAUAUCUUGGUGCACAUCGAUUUUGUUGCUCAUAUUUGUAUAUGCCUUCUCUUCUGAUCUUCUUUCGAGAAAUAAGUGACUUUCUUGCAUUGAAAAUGUAAUUAUACCAUUGGAUCUGUGUAUAUAAAAGCUUCUGGUCUUGUGAAGAUCUUAAAUGUUUCAAAAUAAAUUGAUGUAUUACUUGA